AUGGUUUCCUUCUCCAGAGCGCUUGUUACGUUGGCGACUGUCUUCGGAGCCAUUGCCAGUCCUACCGGGGAACUGAUCGAGAAGCGACAAUCCACUCCAAGCUCGACCGGAUACCACAACGGAUACUAUUAUUCGUGGUGGACUGAUGGAGGGUCCCAAGUCACUUACACCAACGGCGCCGGCGGCUCCUAUAGCGUCAACUGGGGAGGCGGCGGCGGCAACUUUGUCGGAGGCAAGGGUUGGAACCCGGGAGGCUCCAAGACCAUCAACUACUCUGGCACUUACAACCCCAAUGGAAAUAGUUACCUGGCUGUCUACGGCUGGACUCAGAACCCUCUGAUUGAGUACUACAUUGUCGAAAACUACGGCACCUACAACCCAGCUUCCGCUGCUACGAAGAAGGGUUCUGUCACCAGUGACGGCGGCACCUAUGACAUCUAUGUCAGCACCCGCGUCAACCAGCCCAGCAUUGAGGGCACCAAGACCUUCCAACAGUAUUGGUCCAUUCGAACUUCCAAGCGCACCGGUGGUACUGUAACAACUGGCAACCAUUUCGCGGCCUGGGCAUCAGUCGGGCUCAACCUCGGAACCCAUAAUUACAUGAUCGUGGCCACCGAAGGUUAUUACAGCAGCGGAUCGGCUAGCAUUACCGUCAAUACUCCUGCUUGA